UCUUCAAGUAAUUUAGACCGAGUGAAUCCUGUUAAACGCUUUCCUACUAUUCUGGGUUCUCAAAUCAUAUGAUGGGUCCCCAUAAGGCUGUCCGGGUUUCUUAGUGCCACAAAAAUGAGGCAUUCCAAUACAUUUGGAUAGGCCUUGGAUCUUUCUUAUCCACGUAAUCUCCACACCCAAAAAGCAAGAGGAAAUAGAGCUCAGUGGCCGAAAUUUCAUAUUAACUACUAAACCCAGGGAAAAACAGACUCCUUCGCCAUGUUACAAAUCCCAAAAUUCUUGCAGUCCUCCACUCAAUGCCUUCAUCCUCCGACGCCGCAAUCGCCACCACCCGUUAUACAAGUCCCAGGCGUACCUACUUCAUCUUUUCGUUCCAUCAAACAAUGCUGUAAGCUAUCACGUAGAGAACUUGCAAUUCGAAGCAACUCUCUGUUACUUCUCCUCCUGGGUUCGCAAAGCAUCGAAGUUUUCCUACCGUCUGAAGCAGAAGCCGAGGAGGACGUGGUUGAUGGCAGUAUUGAUGCACAAGAACAAACUUCAAACGUGGUUGAUGGCAGUGGCAUUGUUGAGAGGAGUAGCAAUGCACAGGAAGACGGUUCAAACGUGGUUGAUGGCAGUAGCAAUGCACAGGAAGGAAGUACAAACGUGGUUGAUAGCAGUAGCAAUGCACAAGAACAAAGCUCAAACGCUACUCCUACUUGCGGUGAUAAGACCCCAACAAAGCGUGCAUUUCUUGAUAUCUCAAUUGAUGGAGAACCUAUUGGCCGCAUUGUCAUCGGGCUACAAGAAGAUGAAGCUCCUUUUGGAGCUGCUCGAUUUCGAAACCUUGUCAGCGGAGCUGCUGGGGUGAGCUACAGAAGGAAAGAGUUUAUCAAAAUUACGCCCAGCUAUGUGCAACAUGGUGGAGUGAGGUCUUAUGGUGUAGACGCUGAGCUCGCAAAGAGCACAGGAAGCAGUUUGGCUGUUGAUAAGCUCAUUGAAGAGCGGGAGAGUUUAUAUGAAAAGUGUCCAGGAAUCAAGAACAAGGCUGGCACUGUGGGCAUUAUUGUGAGAGACCCUUCAAAACCACCCCCGAAAACCAAACUGGUUGCGCGGAAAGGGAAGCUGGAGUUUGAUCAAGAGGAGGUUGGUACGGCCCCGAACGGAACUGAGUUUGUGAUUUCUACCAAAGAUUCACCGGAGCUCGAUGCUUCGGCUUUGGUGGUUGGAAGAGUUUUGGAAGGUAUGGAGGUUGUGGAGAGGCUUGGCCAGGUGAAGACCGUGCAAGAGAACACCAGUUCACCUUAUUUUAGGGUGGCCAAGCUGAUUGGAGAUAAGAGAGCUGUUGUGGCAGAAAGAGGAUUCAACCGCCCUUACGCCAAGGUAGUUGUCACAAACUGUGGCCUGAUGCAGUAAAAGAACACUUCCCAGCCCUAUUUUUUGUUCUAAAUUUUUGUAAGAGACUUCCAGGCGAUACAUUCAAUAAUCUUGUCUUGGUCAAAUCAGCUUCAAUCUCUCAAAAACCUAUAUACCAUGUUUCUUCAAAUCGUAAGUUGCUUAAUCGACCAGGUGAAUGCCACAGUUUGAUGUCUGUAAUGCCCGAGCUACACUCUGGCAGGAAAGGUAUCAAAGGAAAGUCAUAGGUCUAAUCUUGUACAACUUGGCUUUCAAUUGGGAGGCUACAGUCUACUUCAAUAUCAUAAUCACAACACUUCUGGACCUGCUUGGGGACCCUUUCUCAAGCAGCAAAAUAACCAAUCAGCUAUUGUUGUGGACUCCGGGUUGUUGAAAGUGUGGGCUUCA